ACCUGUGAGGCUGUAACAUAGAGAAGGAAAUUGGGGCAAAAUGGGGUAUGUGAUGAGAGUGAGAUUGGCGUCGUUCUUCGCCGGGGCUGCAACUGCGUCGUUUGCGGGUCUCUACAUCCUCCACAGGGAUUACAAGGUGGCAUACCAAUCUUUUUCCCAACAGAUGAAUGGCCUCCACAAUUCACUAGAAAGUCGAAUUUCUGCCUUGGAAAAACUGAAACAAACGGAAACUUCUGAACAGGUUGAAGCACCAGAAUAGACUCCAGACUGAGCAUCCGUUACGGAAAAAAACUGAUUCAAUGUACUUACUAUGAAAAGUGUCUUUUGGUUUGCUUUCCUCAGGAAUAAGUUCAAGUUGACUCAUUUUAUGGCACCUCAUCUCACUGACUUUUUCGUCUAAAGAAUACGGAUCUGUGUGCCACCAAAUGUAGUGUGGAUUAUUUUUCGGCCAUGAGCAUUUAGCUUUCGCCGCGGUUGUACGUGGUAAUUGAGUAAUAUUUGAGUGACUUGUUUUUAUCUUUUUAAAUAUGAAAGUUGUGUUUUCUUUGUUGUUUCUAUUCA